AUGCAAGAUCAUCGACAUCGCAGUCGAGAAGAAAAAGAGAAAGAGGAGCUAGAGAAAGCUUGGAUUGACAAGAAAAUGUAUGGACAAUAUAACAGAGAUUUAGGUAAAGAAGUGGAUAGGGAGAAGACAUGGUGGUGGCUGAAGAAAGGAGACUUGAAACCUGAGCUUGAAGCACUUCUUUGUGCUGCACAAGAACAAGCUCUAAGGACAAAUUAUGUAAAGUUUCACAUAGAUAGAACUGUUGAGUCUCCACUUUGUAGACUUUGUGGGGAAAAGGGAGAGCAUAAAACACACUUGAUAAGUGAAUGCAAGAAGCUAGCACAAAAAUAAUACAAACGAAGACAUGACAAUGUGGCUUGCAUUGUACACUGGAAGCUAUGUGGUUUGUACCAACUAGAGAAAGCUGAAAAAUGGUAUGAACACCAACCAAAUGGAGUAAUUGAAUCAGAUAAUGUAAAGAUUCUCUGGGAUUUUAACAUACAGUGCGAUCAUGUGAUUGAAUGUCGAAGACCUGAUAUUGUAGUGGUUUUAAAGAAGGAAAAGGAAUGCAAGAUCAUAGACAUCGCAGUUCCAGGGGACUGUAGAAUUGGUAUAAAAGAAACAGAGAAGGUAGAAAAGUAUGAGGAGUUGAAAAGGAAAUUCGGAAAAUAUGGGCAAUGAAAAAAGUAGAAGUCAUUCCAAUAGUAGUAGGUGCCUUAGGAGCAGUUAGUAAUAAACUGGAUAAGUGGAUUGAGAAAUUGGGAAUACAUAUAAGAAUAGAACUUCUACAAAAAACAGCAUUGUUAGGGACGGCAAGAAUACUGAGAAGAAGCUUGGAAAGCUAAAAUCUUUAGGACCUGAGGCUACUGGUUGUAGCCAGCUUCCAAGGAAAAACAUAGCCAGCAUAAGAACAAAGCUGUGAAAAACAUGUAAUAAUAAUAAUAAUAAUAAUAAUAAUAAUAAUAAUAAUAAUAAUAAUAAUAAUAAUAAUAAUAAUAAUAAUAAUAAUAAUAAUAAUAAUAAUAUUUUGUGAGGAUUUCAAUGAUGUUUUUCGUUUUAAAGGGGGGGUAAAUACUCACUGAGAAUUUGUCAUACUCGGAAUCCGGUUGUACAUCUUUCUACCUAAACAGCUGUUUCCUUGUUUUCUUUUUAAGGAUCAAGUUAAACCGUUAUGGCGUUGGAUCAUCGUGAAGUUUUUGAUUUUUUUGAAAGACUUCAUCUAUCAGAGAUAG